GGACAGUCAGUAAAUAUCACCGCUGACAUUUCAGAUAUAAACACUGUAUACUUAAGAGGUGGUCAUUUAAACCAAUAGCACAAUCGUCAAGCGCUGGACAAGGCACCAGUACCGCCAACGAGCAACCAUCUUUUUAGUGUAUGAGUUGUAAAACGAGUGGUUGAGAUAUUAGAACGGGCCUUUACCAUGGGAUGUCAGGAAAGUAAAACCGUUCGUGUUCAGCCAUUCAGCCCGGGGAAUACGAGGGAUACCAGGAACCACAGCGGCAAGAUAGAUCUCACAAAAUCCGGCGAAGAUGGGGACUUGUUCGUGACAGAUAAGUCCAUGAUUCUACAGAAGCGAAAACGUAAAUCCAAAUCUGGCAGGUCUUUGGGGUCUAGGGACGGUCUAGACCCGACCCUAGAAGGAUCAGACCGUGGGGGAUCGGCCAGUUCCAAAGGCUCUCAUGACAGUCAGGACUCGGGACUGGGGCUUGCCGAAGACUACUCUUUUGUGAUUACGGAGAACUCCCACCCUGAUGCCGUCAGAGAAGUAGAGAACAGCUUCCAAGAAAGAGAUUUAGAGCUGAGCGUGGUUGGUGUCGCCUGCCCCAGACGUCAAAGUGCCCGAGCUAAGCGACACGAGGAGCUGGUCAUUAUUCAAGCUUUGAGGGAGGAAGGCUUGAUAUCACUACCCAAGUCAUCGGCCGCCGGGGGUCUCAGUUUUGAAGUGGUCAUGGACAAACCGGAAGACGCCACUCGAAGACCCCCGGCACGUCUAGCCAAGUUAGAGAAGAGGAAGAAGAAGAAGAAGGUGUUGACAGAAGAACAGAUCAAAGAGAAACUGGAGAGAGCGGAACGAAGGAGAAAGGAACGGGAACAAUCCAAACUGGAGAAGAUUCGUGAAUGGGAGAGCAAACAUGAGAAUAUGACUGCGGCAGAGGGUCCUCAGGCUAAGAAAGAGAUGCUGGAAAGUCAAGUGCAUCAAAAAAUGGACCAAGUCACAGACAAACGAGAAAAACGGUUGCAAGAAGUUCAAGAGAAAAUGCGAAAGAAGGCAGAGCACGCGGAACGAGUGCGUCAGCGAAAACUAGCAGCGGCGUUAGCGGCUAAGGGAUCGGCGGAAACUGGAGAAGGCUUUGACAACGACAACGUCGUACAAGUUGAACCAGUCUCACAGCCGAGUUUGUGAAAUUUGCUACAGGAGCAAAACAGAAGAACGUUGAUAGGACAAUUUGCCGAUUUCAUGCAUUGAAUUAUUUUCGAUAUUUUGAGUACUGUGAUAAUGGUGAUAGGAGAUGUGAUUGAUAGGAGUGACUUCACAUAGCGAUGUUUUGUUGGCAGCAAAGAAAAUAUUUGUGUGGGAAAAGGGCAAAUGCGGGAACCCAGUGAAGGGAUGGGUUUAACAGCCUUCCAUCGCUGAAGACGUGUGGUUGACGAUAAGACAGAUGUGAGAAACCAGUGAAUCAAAAGAGGACUUUCACAUAUCCGUACUUCUAGCGAACCAUUAUUUCGCUUUCUGUUUGAUUUUAAAUACGUUUCUGAAUGGUUUGCAGGAAGUCUACGGAUGUUGCUAUUGUGAAAUGGUGCAUUGCUAUUAUAGAAGAAACAGAACAAUCGGUGUUUAAUCGAACCGAUGAUUAAAAGUCAUGUGGCUUUCCACAUAAUAUUGUGGCUACAUAUUUAUAGAACAUAUAAAUGUAACCGAAAUGAGCAAACGAACCAGUACCUCACAUUCUCCUAAUGGUUUCGCGCCAGCAGAAAUCGAAACGUUUUAACAGGUGCAUGCUUUGAGUUCAUUAAGUAUUAGGCCGAUGAUCACGGCCACUGUAUAUUUCAAUUGUAUUUAGAC